CGUACGUCGCUUUUAAAACCACAAUACAAUUUAAAAGUCGUAAACAUUGGUGAAUAAAAAAUAACCUAAAUUAUUUGUGUUGUUGUAAUACAGUGAUAUAGGAGCACAUUAUAUAAUUCUAUUGAUUGUUUUGUGUGUAAUUGUGUGCGUGCUCUGGAAUUGUUUUAAAUAAUGACUGUUUGCUGAAAAAUCGAUUGAGAAAAAUGUCUUUAAAGAAAGAAUCUCGUACCGAUGUGCAGUUCCAUCUAGCGGCGUUACGCGGAGACUGCGAGAAGCUGAGACAACUGCUUGACACGGGGAAGGUUCACAUCGAUUCGAGAGAUCGGGAUGGCACCACACCGCUGAUCCUGUCUGCCGCGAUGGGCCACACAGAGUGUGUGAGAGAACUGCUCGCGCAAGGGGCAGACCCGGCCUGCAGUCGAACGACAGGAACGAGUGCGUUGUUCUUCGCGGCCCAGGGCGGGUUCCUCGACAUCGCGAGGCUAUUGCUCGACGCGGGCGCCGGCAUCGACGCUCCGAGCACGGAUGGCGGGACCCCGUUGUUCGUGGCGUGUCAGUGUGGGCAUCUGCCUGUCGUCGAAGAGCUGAUCGCGAGGGGAGCCAAUGUCAAUUCUGCCAUGAAGGACAAAGCCACCCCCCUCUUCAUAGCAGCGCAAAACGGUCACGAAGAGGUCUGCCGGACUCUCCUCACAGCCGGCGCUAGAGUUGAUUCUGCUCGCGCCGACCGCGCAACUCCAUUGUGGAUCGCGGCGCAGUGCGGACACGAUCAUGUAGCUAGGACAUUGCUAGCUGCCGGUGCGAGGGUCGACCAGAUACGACAGGAUGGAGCCACGCCGUUGUUCAAGGCGGCGCACAAGGGCCACGCUGCAGUUGUAGUUGAGCUGCUCAAGUACAGGCCCAAUCUCGGCCUGUUGCCGAACGGUCAAUCGGCGCUGCACGGCGCCGCCAUGUUCGGGCAGCUGUCCUGCGUGAAGCUGCUCGCGCGCCGCAGCGACCUGCGCCUGCGCAACGCGGCCGGACUCACGCCAUUACACGCCGCCUUAGCUGCCAGGAAAAACGAUGUCGCGGCCUAUUUGAAGAGGCUGGAGGGCUCGUAGCAGUGAAGUGAACGUGCUGGUGUAAAACUAAAAGUCUUACCGGGAACUAACCCUGAUUUUAUUAUGUUUUACCCCUUUCUUGCAAAUCCAUCAGUCAAAAUGACUGAUAAAGACAAACGAUUCAUAGCCAAUUCAGGGCAGUAACGCGUUUAUGAAUAACGUUUGAUUAAUCUAGAGCACAGUAACUGCUUGUCGAUGCUGAGUCAAUUCUAUAUUUCCUUGUUCCACGAUAACUACACCGUGCAAUUUUUAUGCUCUUUUCAUGUUUCAUUUUAUCCGCAAAUAUAUUAUACCCAAGUAGUGGCACAAAGGAUCGCGAACUAUUACACCUGCAAGUACUCAUUUUCUUAUUAGGUUCACAAUAAUUUAGGUUCUAAAUAGUCUUCAUUGUCACCAAAAGUUAAGAACAUUGAUGAAUCAAACAGAUUUUGGUCAAAAUAAUUUACUCCACUCCAGGAUUAUUUGACUUCGCGAAUACAAAAGACAAUUUUGUUUUUCUUCAUGUGUAUGAAUCGUUUCCACUACAUAUAUGUAAAAUGUAGGCAAGGUUCUUGAUACGACUUUUACAAUACUUACUACUGAUUGAAUAAAACGAAAGGAUCUGUUAUAAAAUCUCAUAUAUUCAUAACUCAUCGCAAAAUAUAACUAUUUUGUAUUCGUAUACACCACUAACCGUAGAUAUAGUCAUAUCCUAGCUUAAAGGUGACAGUCCAUUUCCAACCGCAGCUGCACUACUGUUCAUUUUGCUAUGGAAAUUGACAGUACCAGCGACGCGUUCAGUACCAGUAGUGCAGCUGCGGUUAGAAAUGGAAUGUUACUCUAACGCCCGCC